AUGGCUCUAUCAACUCUUCUAGUCAUCUUUAUAUCACUCAUAGGAAUAUGGGCAAAGUCAAUUCCUGUAAGAGGCAGUUUUGAUGAUGUUGAGGUUUCUGAUCAAGCUGGCAAUCGUCUGGUCUUUGCACAUUUCAUGAUUGGGAUUACCAGCGACAGAACCAGUGCCUCUGCCUACGACGACGAUAUGCAACGAGCAAAGUCACUCGGCAUCGACGCCUUUGCCUUGAACAUCGGCGUUGACCCAUACACCGACCAACAGUUGGAACUUGCAUAUGAGUCCGCAGCAACCAACGGAAUGAAAGUAUUCCUUUCAUUCGAUUUCAAUUGGUGGAAUACCGGACAAGCAUCUGCGGUCGGCCAGAAGAUUUCCCAGUACUCCAACAAACCAGCCCAGUUGAUGGUUGACAACAAGGUUUUCGUAUCCUCUUUCGCUGGAGAUGGACUGGACGUGGGAGCUUUACGGGCAGCUGCCGGAAAACCAAUUUUCUUUGCACCUAACUUCCAUCCUUCUCAAGGGACUGACAUCUCGCCUGUUGAUGGGCUACUCAAUUGGAUGGCUUGGCCGAACAACGGGAACAAUAAAGCACCUUCUGCUGGAGCUAAUGUAUCCGUUGCGGAUGGGGAUAAGGUCUACGUCAAUGCCUUAGCAGGGAAGGCCUAUAUUGCACCCGUUUCACCCUGGUUCUCUACCCAUUUUGGACCAGAGGUUUCCUACAGCAAGAACUGGGUAUUUCCCUCGGAUCUGCUUUGGUAUAAUCGGUGGAACGAAGUAUUGGCCCUCGGCCCGAGAUUCAUCGAGAUUGUGACUUGGAAUGAUUAUGGCGAAUCGCAUUAUAUCGGGCCUUUGAAGUCACCUCAUACUGAUGACGGUGCUUCCAGAUGGGUCAAUGAUAUGCCCCAUGAUGGAUGGCUAGAAAUCUCGAAGCCAUUCAUUGCAGCCUUCAAAGAUGGUGCAAAAUCGCCAGACAAAUACAUUACUGAUGAGAAAUUGGUUUACUGGUACCGACCAGCGCCACGAGACGUUAACUGUGACGCAACAGAUACCUGCAUGGUCCCUGCUAAUAACGGUAGCGGAAACUAUUUCCUAGGCCGUCCAAAUGGUUGGCAAUCCAUGCAAGAUUCUGUUUUUGUUGUGACCUUGCUUCAGUCACCUGCGACUGUCCAGGCAAAUUCCGGCGGCAGCGUUUACCAAUAUGACGCACCGGCUGGGGCAUAUGCACAAGCUGUCCCUAUGAACGUUGGUGUGCAGGCUUUCUCGAUUAGUCGUGAUGGGAAAGCGGUGCUUUCUGGUGUCAGUCUCAAGCCCAUUAUUAAUGGGUGUGUUUGUGGUCUUUAUAAUUUCAACGCUUAUGUGGGAAGUCUUCCAGCGGGCUUUAGCGAUCCGCUUCAACCAGAUGGCCUAGCAGCCUUCCUUCAGGGAUUGCAUGUGACAACCUGUCGCCCGACCCCUUCGUUAGGUACUGCUACCCCAACCGCAUCCACCACCUCCUCGACUUCAUUGCCGCCAACGGGGCCACCGACUACCACAUCAUCCACGACAUGUUCAACUUCUCCUUGCCCAACGGGGCCACCGACUACCACAUCACCCACGACAUGUUCAACUUCUCCUUGCCCAACUGGAUCAUCGACUACAACGCCAGCCGUGACUGCCACUGUCACCCAGACUAUCACCCAGACAGUAACUGUCACUUCCUGUUCAGGAGAUAGUGGAGGCGGCGGCGGCGGUGGCGGUGCUGGAGGUGGCGGUGGGUCAGGAGGUGGAGGAAAAGUCUGCACAGGAGGCACAGGGCCUGGAAAUUAUGUGGGACUCUGCAACUUCAGUUGUGGAUAUGGUUACUGCCCACCUGGUCCUUGCACCUGUACUCGAUAUGGAGCACCUGUCCCGGCACCCCCCUCAACGGAGACAAACGGUAUCCCCUUGCCUGGUGAAGAUGACUCGUACGCUGGUCUUUGUAGGUUUGCCUGUGGUCUUGGAUAUUGUCCCCCCACCGCCUGUACAACGCGAUGA